AUGGAUAUUAGCAUCUCUGGGAGGAAUCUUCUCCACCUCCUUGAGGUCCAUGAAAGUUCCCUUCGUUCUUCAAUGUAUAAAACACCCACUCCACGACUUCAGCAGCCACAGGCAAAGUUGAAUUCUAUGUACAUUCCCAAGUCUCAGGUGGACUACAGCCGGAUUCGCAUCGGCAUCGGGAACUCACCGCGCUCUCAUCUAGCCUUUGUGGGCACUCCGCUGGUGGAGUCCAUGAUGGCGUCUCCAGGAGGUAGUGGGCGUGCGCAGGCCGGGCGAGGCCUUCCCGUUCUGGACAGAGCUGGGGUCUCCGCGCGGUGCCCCCCCCUCAGCGUGCGCUCGUUGGCGGGAACGGGCUUACGGUCAAAGGAUGGGCUCAUAGGUCACACCCCACCACCUCCGGAGAGAACGGACGGGGUCUUGUCCUGGGGGGAUCGCAUCAAGGUGAUCACUACCGCCCGCGCGAAACUCAGCGUUUCCCAUCUUCCCGAGCAACUGACGGUGCAAACCGUUCCGGGGUCCUGUUGCGGUGAGCUCACACAUACACACGACGUAGGCGACGAACAUGGCACCGAGACACCUCUGCCGGAUCUGCCGAGGUGCUCCGACGGCAAUUUCUUCAGCUGCAACUCUUCCUACACCGGGCUAGAGCCUAUUUCGAUUUUGGAUGACACCGGGCUAGUUUUGCAAGGGUCAAAUGCUUCUACCCCACGGCUGCGGAAAUGCUCUGAAAAGAACGAGUUAUCAUCUUUGGGGUGCCCGAAUUGCGUUUCAUCGGAUACAACGGACGAGCUGAAUGUAUUGUCCUCCUCACCAAAACUUGUCCAAGGGGAGGUGAUUAACUACUCCACGCUCAAUAUUCAUACCCCCAUGCCAACCACGACUGAAAAGCCAAGACGCUCGAACAUGUGCCCUUCCCGUAACACAUCGCUUUCUUUUACAUUGUUACCGAAAGGAAGGACUUUAAGCCGACUCAAAGAGAAGACUUUAUUCCAUUUGAAGAAUUCUGAUGAUAUGAGAGUUAUGGAAGCUAAUGGACUCAUUCGGAAGCGUACGUUUCGAAGUGCAACCACACGGACCCCCGAAACAACCCACAGCCGCGACAUAACCCCCAUUAAACGCGUAUCUCCCAUAAAGGUAAAGUACCAAAAGUUAUUCGGUGGAUCAAGCCCGAGGGAGGGGCGGUGUGCGACGGCAGGAGUGCAGCGUCGACUGAAACUGACGGAGGGGCAACUGCGUAAGCACAGAGAGAGCCUCCGGCGUGAGUUGUACGCGUGGAAUAGGGACUUGGAGAAAAAAGAUGACGACUGCAACGCGGUUUGA